GGCGGGUUUAAUGGUAAGCCGUAUUCAGUCAGAAGCAGCGAGUUGUUUGUUUGUUUGUUUAUCCGCUAGUCUGUGUGCUGUUUACAGGCGUUAAUGAGCUGCCGGUUAGCGGGACUUCCUGUACAGGUCUUCAAUGCCAGUGUCGUCUUUGCCCUGCUUUAGUCUGCGGAUCUGAGCAUUUAUUAAACCAACAGACUCCAGAAGGCGGAAUGGCGCAGUGGGAGCGUCUGAAGCAGCUCGACUCGGUGUGUUUACAAAAGGUUGAUGAGCUGUACCACGGUGACUCUCUGCCCAUGGCCGUGAGAGAAUAUCUUGCUCAUUGGAUCGAGGAACAGGACUGGGAACGGGCUUUGCGGGACUCAUCCCGGGCCGUGGUUCUGUUCCAGAUCCUGUUGGAGAACCUGGAUAAUCAGUACAGCCGAUUUGUGCAGGAGAAUAACUUCCUCAUGCAUCGUAAUUUCCGUCAUUUCAAACAACAAUUUCAGCAAAGGUACCAGGAAGAUCCGUGCAAUUUGGCUGAAACCAUCAACUGGUUCCUGAUGAAAGAGCAAGAGAUUCUGGGGGCUGCAGAGCUGGCACAGGAAGUGCAGAUGUUGCAGGUUCAGCAGAGCUCCAUGGAGUCGGAAACACAGAAACACUUGGAGAAGAAUAUCCGAGAUUUUAAGAGCAAAGUUCAGGUGAUGGAGCACUCACUGAGGUGUUUGGAGGAGCAGCAGGAUGAGUUUGACUUCAAAUAUCAGACAUACCAGAUGGAUGGAACGACAGAUGAAACGGAGAAAAACGAGCAGAUAAAAAUGCUUAAAAUGAUGCUCAACAGACUCAACGCUGCCAGAAAGUCGUUUCUCUUGGAGACGGCGUCACUGCUGGACAGUGUUGACCAUCUCUUGGCUGUGCUUUUGGAGGAACUGCAGGAGUGGAAGCGCAGGCAGCAGGUCUCCUGCAUCGGGGCUCUGGAAGACACCAACCUUGAACCUCUGGAGAAAUGGUUCACUGCAGUGGGGGAUGGAAUGCUCCAACUGCGCAAGUUUCUGCAGAAACUGGAGGAACUUCAUGACAAGUUAAGUUACGAUGAAGAUCCCAUCAAGACCCAAAAACCCAUCCUACAGGAAAGAGUGGACACACUGCUAACCACUCUGCUGAAGAGCGCUUUCGUGGUGGAGACGCAGCCCUCCAUGCCGCAGGGUCGAGGUCCCCUGGUCCUGCGCACAAGCGUCCAGUUCUCAGUUAAAACCAGGUUUCUCUUUAAGGUUCCUGAACUCAACCAUGCCAUGAAAGUGAGCGUGUCCAUUAACAAGGACGUCCCGAAUGUGAAAGGGUAUCGCAAGUUUAACGUUCUGGGGACGUCGAGUAAAGCCUUAAACAUGUCUGAGAGCAUGAACGGUGGAAUGGUGGCAGAUUUCAGACAUUUGACUUUGAAAGAGCGGAAGGUUGGAGCAGGAGGGAAGGGCAGCAAUGAUCUGUCUCUGAGCGUGACCGAGGAACUUCACACCAUACACUUUGAGACACAGUUCAACCUGCACGGCCUGUCUGUCCCUCUGGAGACGUGCUCUCUGCCCGUCGUCGUGAUCUCCAACUCCAGCCAGCAGCAGAGCGCCUGGGCCUCUGUACUGUGGUUCAACCUGCUGUCUACUGACCCCAAGAACCUGGUGUUCUUUGCGAGUUCUCCCGUAGCGACCUGGUCUCAGCUGGGGCAGAUGCUCAACUGGCAGUUCCAGUCAUGUGCUAAACGAGGCCUGGAUGCAAACCAGCUCCGGACUCUCGCGCAGAAACUUUUUGGAAAACAAGAAAAUUAUGAAAACUCUAAAAUAUCCUGGACCAGAUUCAGCAAGGAGAACAUCUCUGGGCAGAACUUCACGCUGUGGGUUUGGCUGGAUGGAAUUCUGAACCUAGUGAAGGUUUACCUCGCCAAUAUGUGGGAGGAUGGAUCCAUCAUGGGUUUUGUGAGUAAAGGGAUGGAGAAGGUUCUACUGAAGAAGAAACAGGGUGGAACGUUCCUCCUGCGCUUUAGUGAAAGCAUCAGAGAUGGAGGAAUCACGUUCAGCUGGGUGGAGUACUCUACUAAAGGUGAACCCACCGUGAGGACGGUGCAGCCCUUCACCAGCGUGGACCUCAAGCAGAUCCCUUUCCCUGAGAUCCUGCGCAACUUUCAGAUCAUGGAGGCAGAGAACGCGCCUGUGUACCCGCUGCAGUUCCUCUACCCCAACACGCCCAAAAACCAGGCUUUCGGCAAGUACUACAACGAGAAGACUGGAGAGGAAAGUCCUUACAUUAAAUACAUUAAAACCAAGCUGGUCUUCGUUUCGAAAGAGAAUGGGUGUACAAGUGCGCCUGAAGGCCCAGCACCUGAUCUGUGUGCUCAGCACAACGAGCCCCCUUCACCUCCUGACGUGAACACCGAUGUCAUGCUGCGAGGCCUGGAAAGCUCCCCGAUGCUCUCUGGCUACAGCGACAGUCCCACUCCUCCCAGCAGCGUUCCAGAAACUUCUCUCAGCGAAAUUCCAGAAAAUCUCCUGGAAACUCUGGACUUGGUUACAGAUCCUUUCGCUGAUGUUCCUCUGAAGGGCUCUCGCAGUCCUGGACCUCUACUGGACAUCUUUGAGGCACUUUCCCCCGACACUUGUAUGCCGACGCUGCAGGAGUUCCUUAACGACCCAAACCUCCUUGAUGAAAAACUUUGGCAGAAUGUCUUGGAGCAAGAAGCAAGAAGGUUCCGGGUUCAAACCCAGCAGCCGGCGAGGGCCUUUCUGUGUGGAGUUUGCAUGUUCUCCCCGUGUCCGCGUGGGUUUCCUCCGGGUGCUCCGGUUUCCCCCACAGUCCAAAGACAUGCAGUUAGGUUGACGUGGGGCGGCCUUGGGCUGAGGUGCCCUUGA